UAUGAAGAAUACAGAACAAGAAGUGACCACAACUUUCCUUGCCCAGUGUAUAAACAAUGAGGAGCCACUAACAAACAAAUGGGAAAAGGGAAACUAUAGCACUUUGCCAGAUGUACAAGCUUCCUUUGCUCCUGAUGGAAUAUGCCAUCAAGAGUUGCCUGGAGACAACAGUAAAAUUUCUUGUGGACUUCCUCAGACAAUAACUCUGCAGCUAGGCCAACAGACCGGUAUGGCUCACCAAGAAGCUGAUGCUGAACGCCAGUCUCUAAGUAAGACAUUUGUUGAACCCAUCAAUGAAUUUCAAGAGAGCACUGAGAAAUGCAUUGUAAAAGAUCAGAGCAGGAUGGUGGAUAGUUUGGAGCAACUGCCGUUAGGAAAUGCCUCUGCUAAUACCAAUCAUCUCCCGUCCAGAAGAUGCGAGAAUGCACAUAAUGAACAUAUUGCCCAGGACUGGAAGUCUUUGGAUGCAGAAACCGAUUCUGAUGGACUGACACACACACAUAAUACCAUUAAUGAGCGUUUUGCAGGAGGUGAAGAAGGUUGUGUUCCUACAUCUCCAAGUAUUUUACGCAGAGAACUCUGCAAUGUUAAAUCUCUGCAACUCAGUGCUAUGGCAUCUGUCUAUACUUGCCUCCCUCUCAGUGCAGAUGAAAGCACCCUGGAUUCUGGCUCUCUAACUUCCAGUCCGAAUAUUAGUAAAGUUUCUUUAUUGGACAUUCAUGAACUUGAACAUAAAAGUGUAGCAGACAGGAAGUCCAACCAUUAUUUGUCAAAUGAGGUUAUUUCGGUGCAGAAAAUGCAUAUUUCUCCAAGUGAAGAGAAAAGUGUAGACAGAUUGAGAGGUGAAAGUGCUGAUGCUGAAUUCAUGCUUAAUGAGAAGGAGGGAGCUCAGUUUAAUAUUGAGGAGAAAACAAAGGAAUUUCAAUCUGACUGUACUGAGCACAAUUCAUAUGAGUUAGUGAACAUUGUUAGCUCAAAUGACACAGACCACCAAAAGAAUAUUAGGGAGCUGUUAGCCCCUAGUGACAUUUUGAGGAUUGAAAACAAUACCUGGCAUAAUACAGAGAAGAAUCCUUAUAGAAACUCCUUGGAAAAUGCUUGCAGUUCUAUAGCAGCUGAUUGUAAUGAAUGUGACGAUGUUGGAUGCAAAAAGGAAACUGGCCAUGAAUAUCUCUACCAACCUGCUGCAUCAAAAGGGUGCAGAUCCUCUACAAAUUCUUCUCUUACUGUUUAUGAAAGUCAAGCAGAAGAAAUAACUGUUGCAGGCUAUGAUGGUACUGUUUCUCACUCAGGCCAUGCCUCCAGGAAUAUAGGAAUUCAGCAAUUUGCUUGUAAUAAAAAGGACAAGUCUCAGCUCCAAAAUAUACAGGUAAAUCCAAAAACGGAGAACGAACCAGAUAUGAAAUAUUCUGACUCUAAAUACCACAUGUUAGUGGCUGGCAACACAGAUGCCAAGCUUUGUGUGGCAGGAGACAGCCCCUCUGCCAGUCCAUAUUUAGAAAGUGGACAAUCCCUGGAGACUGGACUACAUUCGGGGACCAUCUGUCUGCCAGAGCAGUCUCACAGGUGUCUUCUGCCACAAGAUUCUGCGCUUUCCGACCCCCGGAAGAAGGAAUUAGAGCAAAACUGGAGUGAAAGUCUAUCAGCAAAACAACUUAAGAAAACAUAUUAUUCUGUUUUCAGACUACCUACCGAAGGCUCAUCUUUUGGGAGGCUUUGCCAGAAUGUAGACUGCACCAUUGAGCCUCCUCAUCUGAGCAAGGGAACAUCCCCCACUACCCUACUGACACCAAAUCCAUGUUUAUCGGGACAAGAAACUGAAAUACAUGCAAAUGGAGAGUCUUCGGCAUUCAACCCUCAACUGAUGGAUAAAGCCACAUAUUUAAGUUGCCUUUAUAAUCCAAAGACACCAAGGAAACAAGCAAAUGAACUAAGUAUACUUUCUAAUCUACGCUAUUGUAAAAUUUCAGCAAAAGUAUCUUUUGGUGUGGAGGAGGAGGAGGGCGGGAGGUCAGUGUCGCACAAAAAAAAAAAAUAAUCCAGACCAAUUAAUUAGUGACCAUCAGUAUAAACCUCCAGCUAAAAAAGUAGUCACCACAGAUAGCGACUGAUGUAAGUAUACUACCUGAUUUGAGGCACUAGACUUUGGUAGAGCUUUGCACAGCUAAAAUGUAAUCAACUUGUAAAAUGAAUGGAUUUGUGUGUGUAAAUGAGGACAGUCAAAGAUGACUCAAAAAUACCACUACUGUAUUGUGCUGUAGAGAUGCACUGAAUGCGUUUCUAUACACAGUGAUCUGGUACAUCACUCUGGCCCUGUGUUUUCAGUCUGUUGUCUUUCAUUCAGAAAUGUAAUUUCAAGAUACCUGUGUAUAUAAUUUUUGAUCUUGAACUAAUCAGAAGUGUUAAACAUCCCAUGAAAAAUAUUUAGUGGCAUGCAAGUUUAGGCCUUACAUUUGAUGUGCUCAGUGUAAUACUGUACUCAGCCAGGUGCAACCUGUUCAUAAAUGUUUUGGAAUUAACAAAGCUGACCUGCUUUAAAGAAGGAAAGGGUAAUGCUGGAAGAUGAUGGGGUGUUUUUCUUCAUUUUUAAACAUUUUUGGAAGCCUGUGAUUGUAAAUAUUUCCACCUAGUUUCUUCCCUCUCUUCCAUUGUGAGUAGACAAUGCUUUGAAUGUUCUGGGAGAUGGACUUUUCUCUUGGUUUUGAACAAACGAGUGGUUUCUUUGGAUGACAGAGACUUUACAUGCUAUAUGUAGGGGAAAAUAUAGGGCAAAUUGGGUUGGAUCAUGUAACAUUGAUGGUGCAAUGAAGCAUCUCUUUAUCAAAUGACAGGAGUAAAAUCUUUUUUCUGCAAGUAAGGGUAAGAUGUUGCCCUUUAUAUCAUUACUUUAAGGAUUUUAAUCUUGUUGGUAUAGCUCAGUGG